AUGACUCCUUGUGCACCAAAGAUGAUGGCGAACAAGGUUGAAAUUGACAAGCUCAACGACUCUGAUCAGCCUUGGACUGCUAUUAUCACUGUCGAGGAGAAGCAAAAUCCAUUCGGCCAAUACACUAAAAUCCAAAAGAUGGUAUUCAGCGAUGAAAAGAGCACUAAAGUAGAAGGUAUUAUAUUCGGAAUGGCCGUCAGCAUCAUGGGACCACGAUUCCAGACGUGUAGAAAAUACCGAGUCUCCAACGCACCUAUCCGGUUGCAAUAUUUGAGAUUGUCACUUUGGGAAGAAUUCCACCAGGAUGUUGGAAUAUUAUUAACUGAACUACUUCAAGCUAAGAGUUACCCAACCGUCGUUUGCCGCCGGAUGCUUAUCUCUCCAUACAACGGAAUUGAGGUGACAACUUCACAUAGAUCGGUGGUUUCGAUCAAUCCUCCUUUUGAUAAAGCAAGGAAAUUGAGGAACUGGAAGGAAAUCGAUUUUUUCUUGCAGAAUAAACCAUCAUUCUCGUCUACUCCUGGUAUCAGUCACAAAAACCUUUCACAAAUCACUCCAAUCACACAUAUCGAUGAUGAACAACAGGUGUCGUCUAACGUUCAUGACGAGAGUGGAUCAAUCCAAGCUAGCUUUUUCGGUAGCAUCGUAGAAAAGAUAUUGGGUUUCACUGUAACAGAUAUCGUUGAGAACCCUGAAAAGUCAAGCCCUGGUUCUGCCACUGUCGAUACUGGUAUGGUCAUGAGUGUCGGUGAGGUGGCAGCUGGGGUGGACAAAUGGCUGAAAUUUGCUGUGGAGAAUGGAGUCAGAGAACUCAAUCUUCAGCUUCAGCCUCAGUACGAUCAUGAUUACAUUGUACCGGGCUUCAUUCUUGAAGCUGAAUCUUUAACAAUGUUGUCCCUUCACAAUUGCGAUUUUCCAGACAAGUUAAACAUUCAGAAGAUUUCGUGUAAGAACAUGCGCACUUUGGUCUUGCCAGAAGUGUCAAUCAAUGAUGACACUUUGUCUUCCCUGAUCGCGGGUUGUCCGUUGAUUGAGCAUCUAAAGAUCAAUAACUGUAGAGAUUUGAACAAAGUUGAGCUGAUGAAUAAUCUCAAUUCCCUCAAGGAAUUUGAGAUAUACGGGUACGAAUAUUAUAGAAGGAAGGAGAAACAAACAUGUUUUGUUGAACCACCACAACCACAUCAUCAAGAAACGGAACAACAAGUACUGAUGAUUAAUGCUCCCAAUCUCGCUAGUUUUGACCUUGGUUUAUAUCGCACUACAUUAUUGUUUCCAAUAGGGCUUCUCGUCUAUCCCGAGAAUGGUCCGAUUUGGAUGACCAAUUUCAUGCGGUUUCACGAGGGAAACUUCAACGAAAUUGCCAAGAAAAAAGACAGGACAGAUAUAGUUGGACCGUUGUUUCGACGGGUAAUCGAGGAUACUUUGGUCAUGAAACGCAAUUGUGGAGGAGGGAUUUCGUCGUUUGAUUUGGAUAUGGAUUACUAUUAUGAUGAUGAUGAUGAGGCAGCUCAGGUGGAUCGAUGGCUGAAAUUUGCUGUGGAAAACGGAGUCAGGGAGCUCAGUGUUCGGAGUUGGCCUCAUUAUUAUGUCAUACCUGACUUCAUUCUUGAAACUGAAUCUGUAACAAUGUUGUCCCUUCACAAUUGCAAGUUUCCAGAGGAGUUGAAGGUCCAGAUUCUGUGUAAAAACAUCCGCACUUUGGUCUUGUCCCAAGUCUCAAUCAAUGAUGAUACUUUCUCAUCGUUGAUCGCGGGUUGUCCGUUGAUUGAGCAUCUGGAGAUCAAUGGCUGUAGUGAUUUGAGCAGAGUUGAGCUGGUGAAUAAUGUCCAUUGCGUCAAGAAAUUCGACGUUUAUGACUGCAUCGCGCGUCUAAAAACUCUCCAGAGUUUGACAUUUGGGAGAAGAACUCGUCUUAAUGAAGCCUUCUUCGGAAAUUUCUUGAAUAGUUUUCCCAAUGUACGGUCCUUGGUCAUCCGUGAAUGCCAUGGUUUUGCAAGAAUGAUUCACUGA